AAGACUGGACAUGCUUUUGUUUUCAAGGGGUUUAUAAUUUAGGGGUCCCAGAAAGCCCCAAGCAUAGUUGAGUACAGUCGGUAUGACAAUCGUGCCUGUUUUACCAGUCCCUCUUUUACACCUCCGUAUCCCUUACAACCCAGCAUCCUUUACAUUCCUGUAUCUACUCCAGAGCUCCCCACGCGUGGCAUACAAGUGCCCAUCUUGGGGGAGGUCCAAAUUGAGACCUCCCCUUCCUAUCUACCCUCUGGCCGACAUCGGGGGUCGCACCCGGUACCAGCUUCUACUCGGGCAGCGUGCAAAGGCGCCUGGAGCCCCCACUCCCGACGCUAGGGCCUUGACGCCUCCACCGGUUUUUUGUGGUGAAGUCGUCAUACCUAGUGUUGAUAGAAGGGUUGAAUCAACCUCCCCUUCCUGCUCCUUUUGUUGGUGUAAUAUGGCAAGGCUGAGCUCGAAACCACUGACUGACAAUCGGAUAGAGCAGAUGGCAUUCGUUCUCAAGGCACAAAUUCAAAACCCUUUCAAAACAAAGGAAUGUCUAAUCUUGUUGGAUCUGUAAUCACUGUA